AUGCUUUCUCAAUCGGCGCGUCGGCUUACACCGGCCAUGUUGUCUCUGCAAUCCGCUCGUGCCCCCAUCAGCCGACGCACCUUCACCUCGACACAUGCCGCAAGGAACUCAUCUCCACAGCCCAGUGCCUACAAAGAAGGGAUGAACCAAUAUAAGACCUUUAUGGGCCCCUUCGCCAAGGUCUUCCUAGGAGGCGUGUUCGUUUACCAAGUUAUCUACUGGACAUGGUUGAAGCUGGAGAUGGAUGAGACGAAAGUGCGAAAAAAUGAACAAGUGGCCGUUCUAGAAAAACAGGCCCGGGAAAUCGCCGAUACCCAGAAAUAA